AUGAUCCGAACUGUCACUCGUAUCAUAAUCGCUUGUACAUCAAUCGAAGCUGAGGAAUCAAUCUACUCAACAGAACGAAUUGAAGUGAUUGCUCAUUCUCUUGGAAAUAUCACGGCAUCUCUACCAACUUUCUCAGCAGAGAAACUCGAGUGGGAUCAUCGUAAGGAUCUCAAUUUAGCGGAUCCAGAAUUUCGAAUCCCAGCUCCUAUUGACAUACUCAUUGGUGCUGAUGUCUUUAGCCAGAUCAUCAAGCCCAACAUCAUUCGACAAGGAUCAGAGGCUCCAGCUGCUCAAUCCACAACUUUUGGCUGGAUUGUCUUCGGGCCUACAGGCUCAUCGUUAGGUCCAACUCAACUUGCUCAUCAUAUGGCUGUCUCAGAAGCCUCCAACGAUCAUCUUGAAGAUCUUCUCACUAAAUUUUCGAUCCAGGAGGAAGUUCCGGGACGCGCCAACUCUACCCUAUCAGCUGACGAACUUAGCUGUGCACAGCAUUUCCGUCAGACUCACUCAAGAGACAGCUCAGGUCGAUACGUCGUUCAAUUGCCUCUUUCAUAUCCAGUUUCGUUGUUAGGAAAUUUGUAUCGCCCAGCUCUAGCCUGUCUUCACAGGAUGCUCGGAAGGAUUUCCAAGGAUCCGCAAUUCUUUCAACUCUACUCUGACUUUCUAAAGGAAUAUGUUGAUCUCGACCACAUGCGGUUGGUAGAUUCCUCUUUCUCUAGCUCGUCGUCUUCGGUUCAGAUGGACACCGCUGGUUGUUCUGACGAGAUGACCUUACCACAUGAAGCUCAGACUUCAGGAGGAUUGAGAGUCUCUGAGAAGCUUCCAGUAGGAACAUCUGACAUUCGCAGGAAUCACUACCUUCCUCAUCAUGGCAUAAUCAGCAAAAACCAGCUCAGGAAAAUGGCUCAAUGA